UUGAGACGCCAUUAUGUUUACAGUAUAGGCGACCCACCCGAUACAGACUUUGUUUUUUUUUUCUGCCGACGCGAGAAAUAAGUGUUGUAUAAAUGUAUGUUGAGAUAUGGUUGAGAUGGUAGGUGGUUGCUGCGUAUGUUCUGACGAGCAGGGAUGGAAUGAGAAUCCGUUGGUUUACUGUGACGGUCAGGGGUGCAACGUAGCGGUGCAUCAAGCUUGUUACGGAAUUGUAACUGUUCCUAUCGGUCCCUGGUUUUGUCGAAAAUGUGAAUCUCAGGAACGCGCGGCGCGUGUCAAGUGUGAGCUCUGUCCCAGCAAGGAUGGAGCGCUCAAACGCACCGACACCAACAACUGGGCACACGUGGUGUGCGCCCUGUACAUCCCUGAGGUUAGGUUUGGAAAUGUUGCAACCAUGGAACCCAUCAUUCUCUCUCUUGUACCUGCAGAGCGCUUUAACAAAUUGUGCUACCUGUGUGAGCAGAGUGGGAAGGAGUCUAAGGCCUCCUCUGGGGCCUGCAUGCAGUGCAAUAAAAGCGGGUGUAAAGAAGCGUUUCAUGUCACCUGUGCCCAGGCUCAUGGACUGCUGUGUGAAGAGGCCGGGAACUACAUGGACAAUGUUAAAUACUGUGGAUAUUGUGAAUAUCAUUACCAACGAAUAAACAAAAAAAUUGUAAAAACAAUUCCGGCUUUUCGGCCGGUUCCUAGCCAGGAGCUCUCUCCAACCUCAAGUCCGGAGAAACCCUCUCCACCCAACCAUGUUGCAAAGGAUUCCUCCAAACAUCUUCAAUCCUCGUCCUCCUCCUCCUCAUCCUCGUCGUCCUCUAAGAACAAGGGGAAGCGAGGACGGAAACCCGGCUCAAUGCUCUACGAUGCCAAACUAGAACCGCCAAAAUUCAACCCAGAUCUUGCAAGUCUCAACUCGGGAAACAAUGGGAUAGUUCCCUCCGGGUCUUCUGUUACCCUGACUCCAGUCUCAAGUUUUUCCAGUACAACAAGUGAAAAAAGUUUUUCUGCCACAAACAAUGAUUCCUCGAAAACGGAACGCUUUUUUAACAGUGAUCAUAAGUCCAAAGAGGACAAAAAGACGCCAAAUGUUGUUGUUAAAAUUGGUAAACACGGAGAAACCUAUCAUGCAAAGAAGGAGGAGAUAGAAAAGGAUAUUCCCAAGGAGAAAGAUCCCCCUGCCGACUCAAGUGUAGAGAAAGUACCUAAUAGUCAUUCUAAACCUGAUUCCAUGGAGAUAGAUAAACGAAGUGUUGGUGAAACCAAGGAUGAUCAAGGAGAAAAGAAAGGUUUCACCAACGCUAACUUUGUCGAGAGCUACGUGACGCAGAGCGUCAGCGUAACCGCGGCCCUUAUUAAGUCUGAUAAGGAGCAGUCGCCUCCUCGCAAAAUAAAUUUGGACUUUUCGUCUAUAAAGGUCGAGGCUAUGGAUGUAGACAGCACUGUGUCUCUAACUAGCAGUAUAAGCUCGACAAAUUCCACGGGUAAAAGUCGAACCUCGAGUAAAGACUCCGGGGUCGUGUUGGAGACUGUUCCUAGUAGUAAACCCUACCCAGAUACCGCAAACUCCUUAAGUGAAAGUGUACCUCAGUCUAAAACUAACCAUAAAGACCUAUUAAGUUCAACCUAUAUGUUUGACAGUGGUAACCCAGUGAAACCCAGUUCAUCCAGUCUUUAUUCAAGAAGUAGUCUUAGCAGUAGUGUCAGUCUUUUCCCCACCAACAGUACUUCCAGUCAUAAACCUAUCACGGAGCAAGUUUCCUUGAAUAGUGUCUCAAUAACCCCCGCAAUUCCCUCCACUAUCUCCUCCUCCUCCUCUGCCACCCUGAGCAAAAACGAACUAUUAAGCUCCGGUAAAACUAGUAUUAUCCCUGUCAACCAACCCGUCACAAUCUCCCCUAUAAACUCUACGGACAAGGUACCUGAUCUGACGCCGUUAGAAUCUCCUAACCAGCCAAACUCGGCAGUCAGUCCCAGAUCGGCUAAUGGACUGAAACGUCCGGGUCGGCCGCCGAAAAAGGGUACUCACAUCGCUUCGAACACACUGGCUUGGCUAACAGUGGAAGAUAAUCUCGAUGCUUCCAGCGUGAAGAGACUGAAAACCGAGGAUAAUAAGUCGGAAGAGAAACCUGAACCUAAAGAUAUGCACAGACUCAUGAUGUUCGGAGCAACCUUGAACCCUGCCUCAGGAAUGGCCAAAGAAAUGACUUCAGUUUUACAGAGUGAGGUAGCUGCACACUCUGUUUACAACUCCGACCAGGUUCAGUUGACCGGAGUUCCUCUACCUGGACAUAAACGUGAAGUAUCCCGCUCUGCCCCGCACACUGUGGCCGGUAUGCUGGACCCGGCGCGCCAGCCCCAAACCAUGGAGGAGCUACUGGAGAGGCACUGGGAGCAGGGGAGCAGGUUCCUCAUGGAGCAGGCUAGUCACUUCGAUAUAGCAUCCUUACUCUCCUCCCUUCAUCAACUCAAGGAAGAGAACGUAGGUCUAGAGGAUAGUGUUGAUCGUCUUCUUUCUAGGAGAGAUCAUCUGUUAGCGGUGAGAUCCCGACUCCUUGCCCUCAACUCACUCAACCUGGCGUCCCAACCUGGAGAUAGCAGGCGGGAUACCCCGGUACAGAACGGUCCGACCAGUGUCACGGAUAAACGUCUUGUAUCUCCGAGUAGUCGGGUUCACAUCUCUCCGGGAGGAGAAAAAUCUCUUCCAAGUCCUCGUGAGAGACCGACACCUCCUGCACCUUCUCCUCAUGAUAGAGUCGCACAACCUUCACCCCGUGAACGGGAUCGAUCCCCUCGUCUUCCUCCUCAAUCUCCUCUAGAAAACGGACUUGAUUCACUUUACCGCGGUCAAUCCCAACUCCUAGCCGUUGCGCACGCAACCAACUCCCAGCAUCGACAGCACUCUCCCUCCGGGGUUCCUAAACCUGCUCAUUAUCCUCAUAAUACCAGUUUAUCCCACUCCCGACAUUCAGAUCUCAUAUCCCACUAUCCUCCGACCUCCUACCAGAUGGUUUCCCCUCCGGCUCCUCCGAAAGGAAUCAUUCCGUUACAAUCUGGUCCUUUACCUGCUCAUUCGGUUCAUCGGUCAAACCCAACCCGCCCUGUUCAUCAUCCCCCACCCCCAGGACACCAUAAUAUGCAUCCUAACUAUCAACAGAUGUUGCGUGUAUCCCCCCAAUCUCAUCAGAUUAAGAAAUGAUGAGUUUACUUCCUUUGAUCCAGAAGCAAACUCGUCCUGAACUCCAAAUUCUCAUUCCAGAUUGGAUUUGUUUAAUCCUUGUUAUUGUAUGAGACGGAUAUUUUUAUUUUGUGAUUUUGGUCUGAAUUUAGUUUAUGGCUGUGUGCUGGCAUGUAUUAAUCCGUCUCAUACAACUGUAUUUACAUCUACGGAUGAAACUAUUAUAGUUGUACCUUAGAUUGUUAUUAUUGAAGAUCAGAUCCAGAGACUGAUAAAUAAACUUUAAACCUAA